GAACAGAUCUCUUUGUAAUCGUCGGUGUGUCACGGGCUGUUGUAGUAGACUUCGGGAAUAAAAGAGAAUAAGAAGGUGGUGUGAGACGACGUCGCACAGUGUGCCGUAGAAGAGAGUGCAGAAAGUUUUGUGCAGUGAACGGUCGUUAAUAGACCAGUGCCGCGGAGAAUAGACAGAGAGAAAGACAGAAAGAGCGCACUGAACAGGAUAGAACGAGACAAACGACGAGGAACAGCGGGCAGAGUGAAAAAGAGAUAGAAAUAGAAAAUACGAGAGAGCGAAACGUACGAGUGGAAUAGAGACGAGGGAAAACGCGCUAUAUGCGUUGAAGCACCGUGCGCGAGUGCCAGCGACGAGACAGCGAAUUCGAGAUACGCGAGCUCGACGAAGAUAGGAAGAUAGGCGAAGAAAAGACACACCGUGACGAAGAAAAAGUGAAGUUUUUCAAAGUACUCGAAGAUGCAUUUCCACGGUGGUCUACUGUCGAUCUUGCUUGUGGUCGUUUCUUGCCCUUUGACUGUUCGCGCGCGCAGGGUCGCGCCCUUGAUCGAAGAGGACUGGGCAAGAAGGCCUCAUCGUGCCGCCGAAUGCACGUUCGGCAAGCAGAUACGGGAACUGGGCUCCACCUGGUUCGCGGAUUUGGGCCCGCCCUUCGGAGUCAUGUACUGCAUCAAAUGCGAAUGCAUUCCGGUGCAAAAGAAACGGCGAAUCGUGGCGAGAGUCCAGUGCCGUAACAUCAAGAACGAAUGUCCGGAACUCACGUGUAAAGAGCCUGUUCUGCUUCCAGGCCGAUGCUGCAAAUCUUGUCCGGGUGAUUUCAGUACGGACAUAGUGCAGGAUUUGCCGACACAAUUAACAUCCGAAGAAGAGGAGCAAAGCCUGAAACAUUUCGGGACACUGUUGACAGGCAGAACAUCUCAAGCUCUGCGUCGCGAUGAGCCAAGUCCAACAUCAAUGUACAACAGUGCCUACAACUACUUGGCUACUGGUCGCUUCACUUUUCACCGCAAGAACUUAUACUAUUCCUUCUACUUAUCGACGUCGACACCUCGACCGAGAAACAUACAAUUCGUCGACGGUUCAGGUAGCAUUCUAGAGGAGCAGACAAUCGAUACCAUCGGAGGUGUAUACCAAAAUGCAACGGGGAAACUUUGUGGUGUUUGGAGGAGGGUUCCCCGUGAUUACCGGAAGUUACUACGCGAGGAACGUCUUCAUGUGUCUUUUAUAUGGGAGCCAUCAGCCACCUUGACUGGACAGUUAUCUCGUUAUCGUGCCUUAUCUACAGAACAGUAUUCUGCUUUACUGGAACCAACAAUGGGAGUGGACCGUUCUCUGAUGUCAGGUGCAGGAGCAACCGCCAUAGUAUCAGCUUCAUCAGCAUCAGCGCCAUCUAUCCACGUAUCUUUAGUAUUCAAUGGAGUCUUCCUGCCUAACGAUGUGGCCGAUGUACCUCUGAUAGUGCAGUUGGAACAUAUGGAGAAAGACUACGUGGUUUUGCGUGAAGAAAUCAUAGUGAAAAAGCCAUCGAACGAAUUAAACUUUGGAGAAGUUCGAAGUACCCUGUUGGGGGCGGAUCUUCGUUUAUUGACAAGAGGCAAACUUUCUAUUAGCAUAAUGUCUAGGAAGGAUCCACAAGCUUUAAAAUUAGUUGGUGUAGUGGGUCCACGAGCUAAUUGUGAAAUAUAUCAGACCCUACUUUUAUCAGAAACACCUUCAGCAGCCUCUGGAUUAGCCUGGGCGUUCCUAGAUCGAGCUGGAUCAUUGCGUUAUGGCGUUCAGCUGAUUGGAUUGGAAGAAGAGAGUCCUCUGGUGACUCUAGUAGACGAAGGGGGCAAACGUCGCACCGAACUGGAAGAUCUGACACCUUCUCUAAUAGGUGGCUUAGCUAAUGGCUCUCUAGACCGUCCAGGACCACGUUUGCUUGAACCAUUGUUCAAUGGUGAGCUAGCAGUGGUUGCAGCUUCUCAUGUAGGUUCCAUGUUGCGUGGUCGACUGCUGCAGAGACCUGUAGCUGAUGCUAGAGACACUGCUGCACCUGUACUACUUAGAAGAUUGCCUCAGGAACCUGUACAAUCUGGUCCAGUUGGUCUAGUCUGGACAGCUGUGGAUUCAGACUGUUCUUUACACUAUGAGCUAGAAAUUGCUGGCUUCCCUCAAACGUCUUCCAAUAGUAAUCAUGAACCGCGUAGCUUUAGACUGUAUCUGGAAACGAAACCUUUACUAGCACAGGGAGCACCUGUUGCAAGGAAAUUACUGGAAGAGUUCUCUGGUUAUGUUUUGGAAGGUUCUGUCACUGGACUCUCACCAGCUGAAUUGUACAGAAUAGAGUCUGGUAUUGGCUUUCUUGAAGUGACUGACAGCCAAGCUGAAAGGAUUCUAAAGGCUCGGUUCAAGGCUAGAGCGCCACUCAGCUGUCUUCCUCAUUGUGCGGAUAACGAUGUGGCUUCAGUGGUUGCGUAUAAUCUUCAACCACCCAGGUCGGAUAUGGAGACGAGCGCAUGUUUCCAUGAGACUAGGUUCUACGAGGAGGGUACGCAAUGGACUUCUAGCACUGAUCCGUGCUCCAUGUGCCAUUGUUACCGUGGACUGGCACAGUGCGACCGAGUACUUUGUCCAGCACUCACUUGUCCUCAGGAUAAGCAGUUGAAGCCUGCCCCUGGUCAUUGUUGUCCUAUUUGUUCAGGUCCGGGGAUCAACAUGAACGCGACGGGGAAGAAUAUUAGCUCGGUGACAAGAGGCUGUACUUUGGCUGGUCAGUUCCACUUACCAGGGGCGUCGUGGCAUCCAUAUUUGCCACCUGUAGGAUUCGAUACAUGCGCAGUCUGCACUUGUGACCCCGUCACGCUGGAGGUGAAGUGUCCACGGGUGCAGUGUCCGCCAUUGGACUGCGACGAGACGAUCGCCUUCAGACCCAGCAAGAAGGCCUGCUGCAGGCAGUGUCCUGCGACGACGCCCAGCACUGCGAACGCUGGCGUCGUGGGCGACACCACGCGACUGCCGCGGGAUCAGGCGGCGCUGUCCACCAGACGUACAGCCGAGGAGAUAUUGGCUUCCGGCGGCUGCAAGUAUCCCCUUGGUGGUCCAUACGAGAACGGGAUGGAGUGGCAUCCACGGGUUCACUCGCACGGAGAGAUGAAGUGCGUAAAGUGCAGGUGCAAGAAUGGCGAGGUGAGAUGCGACAGGAAGCGUUGCCCACGGGCGCUCUGCAACUCGAUCGCGCAUCAGAUGAAACGCGGCGAAUACGUGGCGGCGGAUGGCGAUGACUGUUGCACGGUGCAGUGUCGCCGGGCGAGACGUCAUCAUCGUAACAAUUCAUUAAGUUAUUCAAUGGCGAACUCGAAGUGUCUGAAUAGAAAAGUCGCAGCUAUAACUUCGAUGCAAGUUUUUUAUCAGUGUAAUGAGAAACUUGAAAGAUCGAAGUAG